AUGGCGGGGUUGAUUUGCACCGCCAUGAUGAUGUGCAAUUUCCUGGCAGCCGGCCCCUCGAUAGCGUUGCUGGAGGCAGCUUUGGAGUUCUUCCCCGCAGCGGCCACCGACAACGACGUCCUCACUCUGGCAAUCGCACAGACUGCAUACUUCUUCACGACGACGGCGCUGCUACAGGGCGUGGGCAACUUCUUCUGGGUGCCCAUAGCCAACAAGUUCGGCCGGCGGCCAGUCUACAUCGCGAGCUACUCCAUUUAUUUUGCAUGCACGAUCUGGCUCAUCUUUGACCACACCUACGGUGGCUUCCUGGCUGGUCGAAUCCUGAUGGGAUUCGGAGCCGGGGCGGCAGAGACCAUUGCCCCUAUCUCCAUUGCCGAUGUCUUCUUUCUGCAUGAAAGAGGAACCAUCAUGGCGUUGUACACCGCGUUCCUCUCGGCAGGAGUUGGCUUCGGACUGGUCAUUUCUGGGCUUGUCACGAUCAACCAUGACUGGAGAGUAAUCUACCAAGUUACUGCCGCCUUGGUCGGAGCCGUGCUUCUUCUCGCCUUCUUCACUUUUCCCGAGACGGCAUACGAGCGAGACGAUGCGAGCGCCUGGAACCGCCUUGGCUCGCUGGGCGGGAGCAAGCCCGGGUCCAUGGGGUCAGAGACAGAGCUCUCCCGCCCCGCGAGGGAUUUGCCAGAACCUGCGAAACAGACAUACCUAACGUCCCUGAAGCUUUUCAACAAGACCCUGACGCAAGAGAGCCUGCUGAAGCUCGCCCUGCGGCCGUUGGGCCUGAUCAUCCUCCCACCUGUUUUGUGGGCGGCGCUGGUGCAGGCUGUGACGGUUGGUUUCCUCGUGGCCGUGACUUCAAACGCGGGGUCCGCAUUCUACACAGCAUAUGGCUUCGAUUCUUGGCAGAUUGGUCUCUGUUUCAUCGCUGGUAUUAUCGGUGCUCUUCUCGGAAUUCCGGCCGGGGGCCACCUGGGCGACAUGGUUGCCGACUGGUUCACCAGACGAAAUGGAGGCAUUCGGGAUCCGGAGAUGCGACUUCCUGGCAUGAUCAUUAGCCUGGUCACGACGCCGCUGGCAUUGGUAUUGUACGGCGUCGGCAUCGAGAACCAGCUGCAUUGGAUCUGUCCCACUAUCGGCAUUGGUCUUUUGACCUUUUCGAUAUCUCAGGGGACAAAUAUCUGUCUCGUAUACGUGAUUGACGCCUACCGGCCGGUGGCGGGCGAGAUCACGCUGGCCGUCAUGGGCUUCAAGUCAAUCUUUGGCUUCCUGUUGUCCUUCUACACCAACACUUGGGUCGAAGAGGCAGGUUACGAAAACGCUUUCGGCGCCAUGGCGGGUAUCGCAUCCGCUGUGCUGGUCAUGUGGGUGCCACUGUUCGUUUGGGGCAAGACGAUACGACACGAGUCGUGGAAGUGGCGGAUCGUCCGGUAUGUCCAUUGGAACGAAGACAGGGAGGUUGGAGAAUGA